UGAAGUCACAAUACCGCCGCAGCAGCAGCACGUAGCGCCGCCAUUUUUGCAGCUCUUUGUGCGCCUCCGUCCCUGCACAGUUUCGCCAUUAUAGUUCCAGUCGUUACAGAUCAGUAUGCACGGAACCAGAGGCUUCCACCAGAACCACGGCCCGGGCCGCCAGGGCGACUACAAGAAGGACGCGGAGGGAGGGAACAGCAACGGGCAGCAGCCGGAGCAGGACCAGACCAACCCCAACGCGGCCCUCACGCUGGACCUGCAGAGCUUCAGGAAACCCGGGGAGAAGACGUUCACCCAGCGCAGCAGGCUGUUCGUGGGGAACCUGCCCACCGGGGCCAGCGAGGAUGACCUGGAGAAGCUGUUCGCCAAGUACGGCAAGGCCAGCGAGAUCUUCAUCAACAAGGAGCGGGGGUUCGGCUUCAUCCGCCUGGAGACGCGCAUCAUCGCCGAGAUCGCCCGGGCCGAGCUGGAUGACUUCAUGUUCAAAGGCAGGCCCAUACGGGUGAGGUUCGCCACGCACGGAGCUGCUUUGACUGUGAAAAACCUGCCCGAGUUCGUGUCCAACGAGCUGCUGGAGGAAGCCUUCGCCGUGUUCGGCCAGAUCGAGAGAGCCGUGGUGAUCGUGGAUGACCGGGGCCGGCCCACGGGCAAGGGCAUCGUGGAGUUCACCUCCAAGCCGGCGGCCAGGAAAGCUCUGGAUAAGUGCAAUGAGAGCGCCUAUCUCCUCACCGCCUUCCCCAGACCCAUCACCGUGGAACCCAUGGAGCAGUAUGACGAAGAGGAGGGGCUGUCAGAGAAAAUAAUCAACAAAAACCAGCAGUAUCACAAAGAGCGUGAGCAGAUUCCACGGUUUGCUCAGCCUGGUAGUUUUGAGUACGAGUACGCCAUGCGUUGGAAAGCCCUGAUGGAGAUGGAGAAGCAACAGUAUGACAUGGUGGACCGCAACAUGAAGGAGGCUCAGGAGAAGCUGGAGCAGGAGAUGGAGGCGGCCAGACACGAGCAUCAGGUGAUGCUCAUGAGGCAGGACCUGCUGAGGCGGCAGGAGGAGCUGCGGAGGAUGGAGGAGCUCCACAGUCAGGAGGUGCAGAAGAGGAAGCAGGCUGAGCUCAGACAGGAGGAGGAGCGCAGGAGGAGGGAGGAGGAGAUGAGGAUGCGCAACGAGGAGAUAAUGAAGAGGCAGCAGGAGGGCUUCAGGGGCAACUUCUCUGAAAACAGAGAGCAAGAGAUGAGGAUGCACAUGGGUGGCCACGGGAUGUCCAUGAACAGAAAUUCACUGGGUGGGAAUUCUGGUCCAGCUGGUACUGCUGGCUUGGCUUCUGAGAGCGCUCCUAUGAUGGCAGGAUCAGGAAACAACAACAUGCCCGGAGGAGGCCAGGGCGGCUUCCCCAGGGGUAUUCCAGGGCCUGCAGACUACAAUAAGCAGCGCAGAUUUUGAACCACACACUUUACUUUUCAUACUCACUGUACUUUUUAAGUUCAGGGUAGUGGGUUUUAUUUUUUGAACUUUCACACCUGCAUGUGUUUUUGUAUUUUUUUUUUUUUUUUUUUUAUUUGUACCUUUGAGUUCUUUUAGUACUAAUAUGUCAAAACUUUCCAAAUGAGCCAUGUAUUUUACAUUGAUUCUCAAACUGUGUUGUUUAUUUAGGGCUAGAAAAACGUUUUUGUCCAGGAUAUGUUAACUUUUCUGGAAUAAAUUGAUUCCCUAAAAAGAAUUGUUUUAUUUAGAACAGACUCAAGCUUUACAAACAUCUUCCAGGGUGGAGUAAAUACUUUAUAUUUCUUAGUUCACUUAGGUAUUUUGAUUUAAUUCCUAAAACUCUGUGAUUUGAUUAUGUCCAGCUGUAAAUCCUGGGGUUCGGUUUGUAAAACAAUACAUGUCCAGAAACGGACAUAAACAUUUGUGACGAAUGAGGACAAACUGAACAUUUGUGCAUUUCAGCUGCCGCAUAAAGGUUUGUGCGCUGACUGUAUGUUUGGAUUGUUAUUUUCACGUAUUCUUUAGACUGGUUAUUUUAUUAGCUGCUGCCAAAUUUGUUCACCAAGAAUUGGCUGCACCGUGAUGCCACUAAGCAAGCAAAGGAAGCAAAAUUUACGGUGUGACAUUUCAUGACAAGCAACCUGCUGUUGUCAAGAUAAAAAAAAAAUCUGCUUCUUUAAUUCUCAAAAGAUUAACAAGGAAGGAGGCCUAAUAAAACCGCCCCAUGUUAUUCUUGCCAAGUGGUUCAUAGUGUGCAUCAUUAAACAAAUAGAAAGCCUAUAAAACAUCAACAAUAAAAGGAUUGAGUGAAACUGUUCAGAAAUGGUGUAAUAGUGGAAAGAGUUAACAUUUUUAUAUUCUGGGUUGUAACAGCAGUUGUAGAGUGGUUCAGCAGAAGUUUCUUGUGGAUGAUUUGGGGUCACUUUUAUUAAAUAAGUGGUAAUUGCAAACACCCAGAUGUUGGUAAAACAUUUUUCUUUGACUUCUAUAAGAGCCUGAUUGUAUUUAAAGAUAUAUAUCAGGAUCAUCUUCUAUCUUUAUCAUCUUCUUUAAUGCUUUUAGACAGUUUUGUAUCUGAUAACAUAGACCUUUUGAAAGAAAUCAUCAUUUAUUCUUAUCAGAGUCCAAGAAGUCAGACCAAGCAGGUCGGCUCACCCCACCUUCCAGCCAGCACAACUGAGAGCGCCAUAAAAGGAUUGAUAAGGAUUAGAUAAUAAGGGGCACGUGAUAUCCUAAUGUGAGAUUUGCAAGGUCUAAAAUGCUCUAGAUAGUCUUUUUUUACUGUAUGAGACACUCUGCCCUUGAGGUUAUGAAAGCAAGAUUUGUAUACAACUGUCCCUCUAUUGGGGAGAUAUAUAUAUAUAUAUAUAUAUAUAUAUAUAUAUAUAUAUAUAUACUCCCAAUCCAUGCAAUUUAAUUUAAAAUGCAAAAUUAUGAAUGCAUGAUAAAAUGUUAAAAGAGAUCAUGUUUACAUACAUGAAAUUCAUAUUCCCACACUGAUUCUUUAUGCUGCUUGACAAGUGCACAUUACAUGACUGUAGAACUUUCUGUCUCAGUGCUAUAGAGUCCAAGUUAUAACGCAGUUCUUCUAAAUAAAAUUAUCAUUUAAAAAAAAGAUCUCUUACAAACUUUAUGUAUUGUAAUGCAGUACAUGUGAUGACAUGAACAAAUGGAUGAGAACAUACCUCACCACUUUUAUUUUAUUUCUCUGAGCUGGUUCACAUACUGCAUAUAUGACUAAAAUGACUAAAGAAUGAAUAAUAAAAAGAAACUGCAAGAUUAAACCUUCCUGUUUUGUACAGGACAAUAAUACAAGACAGUCAAAUACAACACAAAAAGCAAAAUUGGAUUAGGGUUGAAUAAAUAUUUAUUUCAAAGUAAACAAAUCAAAAGUAGUGUUUUGUUUUACCUACAGUGGGUUG